AUGAAAGUGACCCAGAACGCAUGGGAUCCGCUGAGCGCUCUAUCCGUUGCAGCGGCAGUGGUUCAGUUUGCCGACUUCGGCUUCCGCCUGCUGAAAAGCACCCGUGAGCUCUAUAAAUCUCCAUCCGGCCAGAAAGCUGCGCACAUCGAGCUCUCCGUCGUGUCCCAGAAUCUUUCGCGCCUCGCAGCCUUUGUUGAAGCCAAGAUAGAGGAGAAUGCAGGACCGUCGGCGCAGGUCUUCCUCGGCCUCUGCCGCGAAUGCGCGUCAACCAACGAUGAGCUUCAGGAGAUACUCAGCAAGGUCGAGGCGCGAGGUUCUACCAAUGUCAUGCUGGCUGCGGAUACCGCUGGUGACAUCGAAAGACUGGCAAAUCGCCUAGCCAGCAUUCGCCAGCAGAUGAACAGCGCAUUGCUUUAUCUAUUGCGAGAUGAAGCUUGGGGGAAUGGCAUCAACACUACCAAGCAAUUCAGCACCGAUGUCAUGGGCCUUAUCGACAAGUGGCCUGUGAGCAACCAGUCGGAAACCGACGAGAUGGUGCGUGAGUAUGCAAAGCAAACCUUGGUAAAUGGGAGCCGAGACCGUGAGAAGUUCGAUUACGUAUGCAAAAGUCUAUACUUCGAUUCGAUCAGCCAUAGGGAGGCAAGCAUUCCCAAACGACAUGCCGCAACCCUCGAGUGGGUAUUCCACGACCCGCGGGCAUCUGAAGAUGAUGAUCCGCUAUGGUCGAGCUUCCCCCAAUGGUUGGUCGGAGAUUCUCCUGAUAUCUACUGGAUCACAGGGAAACCACGGGCCGGAAAGUCGACAUUGGUCAAAUUCGCAGCCGAGUCCCAGGUGCUCGUGGCUCGCUUUUUUGCCUGGACUGCGGGAGCGAACGUGCUCCAAAAGUCUCACGCUGGUCUUCUCAGAACCGUCCUCCUCGAGGCCAUCCGGCAGCGGCCUCAGCUGGCCGUCGAUAUCUUUCCUGCCAGAUGGUUUCUCCUCCAAUCUUUCAAUGGUAAAGUGAAGUUGCCAGCCCUGACGAUGGAUGAGUUGAGGAUAGGUUUCCCGAAUCUCCUAUCUGCUACCGGGAAGGAGGUCAAGCUGGCUCUCCUUGUUGACGGCCUGGAUGAAUUCGAUGAGGACCACCGAGCGCUGGUCCAGCUCCUUCGCGAUGCCAACGCAUCAGUAGGGGUUAAGAUUUGCGCCAGCAGUAGACCAUGGAACGUCUUCAGGGAUGCGUUCGGCAAGAAUCCCAUGUUGCAGCUCGAGCGUCUUACUCGAGAAGACAUCAAGUUGUUCGUUCAGGAGAAACUGGAGCUCAGUCCGGGUUAUAGCGAUUUCGCUGCCACUAGCCCGCAGGAGGCAGGCAAGAUCAUCGGCGACAUUGUCGACAAGUCGCAAGGGGUUUUGCUCCGGAUAUCCGUCAUUUCGGGCUUGCUAGAGCCUAGCUUCGAAGAAGGAACGGGCAUCUCGGAACUGCAGGCAGUGGUCGACAAGCUCCCGAGCGAGGUUGCCGACUUGUUCCGCUACAUCUGGGACCGAACCAGCAAACGAUUCAAAGCCGAGGCAUUGCAGAAUUUCCAGCUUAAAAGAGUCUGCGAGGAGCAUGAAAUUCAGCUAUAUGCCCUGACGCUCUGGUUUGGUGCUAAGGAGAUCCCUGUUGACCUCGAUGCCAGCGAAGUCACAGCCACGUACCUGGACGGGGUCAUCAAAUCCUUGGAAAGGAAACUGAUGAGCCGGACCGGAGGGUUGUUGGAGCUGAUCUCCCAUGACGGCCCGCUGAAAUACUCAAAAAGGCGAGUGGAAUUCAUGCACCGGACGGCAAGUGAUUGGGUCCGCCAUAAUUGGGGAAGCAUCACCUCCUCGACGGACUGUAACUUUGACCCUUGCUUGUGGAUUGUUAAGGGCGAAGCCCUGAGCUUUGUACUCGCAACUGAGCCGUCUCAAGGCGAUUCUAUCCUUGUGGAUCGCUGGCCAACCAUUCAUAUCAACAUUUACGAGGCCAAGUACUUCGGGUCAUCAAGAACGUCGUCGUCAAGUUCCUUCUGGGCAAGCCAGUACCCCUUUUAUUCCGGGGUAAAAGGAAACACCCCAUGCAGGGACCUCCUGCAACUCGCAGCUUACUACCCUAUCUCUGCCUAUCUUGUACUGAGCAACAGCAUAUUCGGCGAAAUCUGGAUUUGCAACUCAACGGCCCGACUAGAUCUCCUAGACUUCCUUACUCGAGAAAAGGCACCCCGAUGGGUGGAUGCCGACAGCAUCCACGAACUUGUAUGCCAGACGAGGGCCAUGAAGCUGAAAGUCUCGCGCAUAUCUUCGGCCGGCGACCCUCUCGUCGCCUAUUUCACAGAAGUAAUUAGGAUACUAGAGUCCUCACACGGUCCCAGAUCCAAGCCGGCAGAGCAGGGAGCCAAGUCAGUGGAGCACAUGUCCAAGGCACAGAAGCAGAAAUGGAAGGAAGAGGUUUGGCAAUUUUCGAUCCGGAUACUUGGCCGUAUACCGGGAAGACGAAGUCACUUGCACUAGGUACUGCUGAUCAGACGUUCAAAACAGCGUGGGUCACUAUACCCAGUUCCAAGUUUUCAAUGAAAAUGAGG